CCCCCAACCUUUCCCCUCCCAUGCCACCCCCUCCCCUGCUCAUUUACAUCCCGGAGCCGCUGGCCCAGCCCUGCCCCGCCCCGCCCGAGCCCGAACUAAAGCGACGUGUCCUUGUCCCCCGUGGGCAGCCCAAGCCGGCUGGCCCCGCGCACCUGUCCCGGCCGAGCACCUGUUCCAGCCCUAGGCCUCCGAUCUGCAGGAGGAAAAAAAAAAUUGGAGAUAAGCCUGGGUUGCCAUUUCCCAUCUUCUGCUGAAAUAUGAAGACCAAAAACAAACCCACAAAACGCAGGCUUUUGGCGGACAAAGAGACAUUUCAUGGCGAGCCAACAUCCAAUAAGCAGGACCUGGAGAAAUGUUUGAGGAACAGGGACAGGCGGAAGGGGGAGAAGGCUGAGGGCAGCAAGGUGGCCACCGCCAAGAAGAAGUCCUCCUCGGGCAGCCGGGAAAGCACUCUGAGGCGGCUGGAGAGUAACGAGAGGGAGAGGCAGAGGAUGCACAAACUUAACAAUGCCUUCCAGGCCUUGCGAGAAGUCAUUCCCCACGUCAGGGCGGAGAAGAAACUCUCCAAAAUUGAGACCCUCACUCUGGCCAAAAACUAUAUCAAAUGUCUGACCUCCACCAUCCUCAACAUGUCCAACGGUUGUCUCCCUGCCCUGGAAGGGGAAGGAUCUGCUCACAACUCUAAAUUCUACCAGCACUAUCAGCAGCAGCGAGGAGACGAGGAAAGUGAAGACCACCUCAAGAAAUAUUCUACCCAGAUCCACAGUUUUCGGGAAGGGAGCUAGAGGGACCCUCUGGACCAACAUCGUGACAUCUUCAGGCAAGGAGUAAUGGACUCCGAAAAGGCGUCACUGGGCCAUCACCCUAUUUUUAUUGUCUGUUACGUUUUGGCCAAUAUCUCCAAUUGUCAUGCGCGGACUACUGGGCGAUUUUUUUUUUCCCAUACAGAAAUGGUAAAAACGGUUCAUCUUCCUUCUAAAAAAUAGCCAAUUACUGAGAAAAACUUGAACUUGACAGCCCCUUGCUCAAUCACAGUCCCCAGAGGGCAUUUUCCACCCCUUAGCCUCAGGCUCAGUGUGACUCUCACUCCCCUUUGUCUCUAGACGCCUUGGGUAUCCUCAGACAGGUGCCCAAGGCCUGAUUCUUGUAUCAUCCAUGUGAAACAUGCCCUGAGGGGUAGGAAAUGGAAACAGUUGGCUCAGCCCAAGCUUGUAGCGACCCGGGGUGGUGCAUUAUUCCCAUAAACAUUUUGACCUUUGUUACUGAAACAUUUCUGGCCCUCUCUAGUGUGACAGAUAGUCUUCUAAGAGAUUAUUUUUUGUAUAUAUCACCAACAGAAGUUGAAGCCUCAGUCUUUUUUUUUUUGCAAUGAAUCCCACUUUUUUUGGGGGGGGUCAGGAACUGUGAUUUAUUUGAUUUAUGUAGGGAACUCCAUUAAUGCAAAUGGCAAUUCUAUAAUUCAGUACCUUAUAGUGUUAGUGACUUGACCACAGUCACACAGUCAGCAUACGUCAUAAAUGAGAAGUGAACCCAUCUUCCUGACUCCAAGGCCAAACCUCAAUGCCCUGUUGCCAACUUCAAUCAAAUAUCAUCCUAUGAUUAUUAGCGUGUUAUAGUAUUUGAGUGCCGGAAGGGACUUUCACAAUUAUUUAAUUCAAUUCUCUCCUUUUGCAGGUAAGGAAACUGGAGGCUUAGACCAGUAAAGGGCUCACCUAUUGAGAGUGUAGCAGGGUGGGGUUAGAGUUAGUUUUUUGCUUCUAGCUGAUCAGGGAUGGAACAGAAAACCUCUAAAACUCCAGAGCAGGAGCUCUUAACCAUUUUAAUGUUCCCAGACCCCAUUGGCAGUCUGGUGACACCCAUGAGAACCCCUUCUCUGAAUAAUGUUUUUAAAUAAUUGAAGGAAAUGCUAAAUUUUGGUUAGAAAGUAGGGAAAAUAAAGCUUU